AUGGAAGCCGCACGCCCUGAGCCUUUGGAAUCCUUGGCCCAGGAUCAGAAGGCGCAAAUCUACGUCUCCUCGGAGGACUCGGAGCAGAUGAACCACGUGAGGAUCCUGGAUUCCGAGGGCAGCAUCGAAGCCGAGCUCUCUGGCGAGAUCCUGGUGAAUCCCGAGGAGAAGGUCGCAAGGGAGCUUUCGGUGGAGGUGCAAAAUCCAGAGCUGAAGCCUGCCGGGACCUUCUCCUGGCGCUUCAUGCUGCUCACUGGCCUAUGCCUGCUUCCCUGGCACUGUGCGAAGUGGCUCGCUUCUGCAAGCUGCGAGCUGAGUGCCCUCGAGGGGCAGCUGCCAUGGUGGCGAGGGCUUCUGGCCGUGGGUUAUCUUUUUCCUGCCCUUCCCGGCCUCGUGCAAAGCUUCACCGUGAGUUUGGCAGGCGAGAUGCCUUCGCACCUCACCUGCAUUCAAGCAUUGGCUCGCUUCAUGCGGACAAUGGGGUCUGGGAUUCCAGAGUUUCGGGAGUACGGCUCUUUCGUAGGCGGACGUCUGGAUUCCUUCAAUCCUAGGAGUUUGACUGCAGUGGCCGAUCCUCUGAGGCUAUUCACCCAUGCCAUGAGCAGCGUGGCACUUGUCGCAAUGAUUCUGAUAGGCUUGCUGCAGUUGGCAGACCUGCCUAAAGUCAUGAUCACAGCCAUAACGAUCUUCGUCAUGGGGCCGAUGCUUCAGUACUACCGUGGCCGAGCCAGACAUGUUCACCGAAGAUUCUGGUCUUGCCUGCAGUGGGGACUUGCACAACUUCUGGGAACUCUCGGAACCGCAGUCGUCAUGACGGCCAUAGUCCUUGUCUACAUCUUCCUGAUCUCACAGGGCCAGCUCCUCAUUGCCAACAUGUGCCUACCGGUGGCAACCUCCCUGACAGAGAUGGGCAUGGUGAUGUGUACUGCUCGGAUGUAUACUCGCCUAGUCUUCACGAAACGGCCGGAAGUGUCUGGCGACAUGUCAUACCUUCCCAUGCCCGCCAUGAUCAUGACCGCCCACGCCUUCGCGGAGUCCGUGCGUCUGGUGUCGCUCUGGGCCGGCGCAGUGAGAUCCGGUAGUUUCAGCUGGGUCGGCGCGGCCUUGUGGAGUCUUUUGCUCAAUGUCCUGAACCGCCUGGGCUGGAUCCGCUACGGCACCUUUCGGAUCCUGAAGCCGCUGUUGGGCACCGAGAUGAGCCUGGGACUCUUCGCGCCCACCAGCUGGUCGAAGCUGCACGACGAGCUGAAGAUCUACGGCGGCUACUUCCGAUUCAUCGUCCCUCUCGCUCUGAUCGCCGCUCGAGCCCUGCUCUUCCAAGAUCUCAGGGUGACGGGGGCAAAGGCCCCGGCCUUCAACCUCUCCGGCGCUUGCGCCAUCCCUGCCUUGCUGCUCCUGGAGCUGUUGGAAGAUCGCGUUGUGCUCCACGAGCUGCUGCCCAUGGGUCCGAUCCCGGCAGAAGUCUUGGAGACGAAGGUGCAGCCCAACAACAGCGACCCCGGGGCCCUCAUCAGCGUUGAGAUUCGGCCCAGCCGCCCUAGGAUGACGGCCACUGCCCAGGACGCCUGGCGCAUGAAGGAGCUGGAUUCCAAGGGCACACGCAGGAUCUCCACCGUUCAAUCUGUGGUCCCACAACAGCCGCCGGAGCUCGUCGACCACCGCCGGUCGCUGGGGACGCGCCGAUUUACCUUCCGGUCCCAGCUGCGGAGACGACUGGGCCAGGAGAGAGAGGUAAUCCCGGCUCUGCUGUUGCAGGGCUUGAGGGAGAUGCCCUUCAAGGCCCACCUCACUAUGGGGAUGGUCAUGUGCUUCUUCACAUCGGAGUGGCUGGAGGCUGCUCUCGGCCCAGGCUUCAUGAAAGGUCUCUGUGAGACGUCGAAUUUGAAGCCCCUGACUUUGCUCUGGCAGCCUGUCCCCUUAGAGUGCUGA